CACACACAGACACAAAAUGCAGAAAAGUUCCCUUCGCAAGAGAGGAAGGCAGCAACUGUAGGAUCCUUCGCGCCGCCGCCGCCUCGUUCUGCGCCCAGCUAGGCGUCCCAAAGCGGGACAGGAGCCGCUUCGACCCACUGCGCGUCUCCUCGACCGUUUCUCGACCUAAGGGCCACACUUUAUCUCUCGGGAAUAACAAGUCCGGUUGGGGACCAGGAGGUCGCCGAAAGCCCCCGUUCUCCAGCAGCUGGCUCGCCUUCCUCCCCUUGCGAUCCUGUCUCCUGCCUCCCCUUGCGCAUCUCAGGAUCUCCCUUGCGCCCAUGGCAGCUCGCAUGAUUUGGCCCAGCUGACUGCAGGCUCCAGCAGCGCUUCUUGGAUUUGAGAAAAGUAAAAGGAGUCUUUUGUAUGCCAUUUGCUGGGCUAUGGUGGCAGGAAGAUGUUGGCCAGGAAAAGCAUCAUCCCAGAAGAGUAUGUCCUUGCCCGCAUUGCAGCUGAGAAUUUGGGCAAGCCCCGCAUUCGAGACCGCCAGCGCAAAGCCCGUUUCAUUGCCAAAAAUGGCGCGUGCAACCUGGCGCACAAGAACAUCCGUGAGCAGGGACGCUUCCUGCAGGACAUCUUCACCACCUUGGUGGACCUGAAAUGGCGCCACACUUUGGUGAUCUUCACCAUGUCCUUCCUCUGCAGCUGGUUAUUCUUCGCCAUGAUGUGGUGGCUGGUGGCUUUCGCCCAUGGAGACAUGGACAAGCCUUGCACCAAUGAAGACAUCAGCAAAUGGAAACCUUGUAUCACCUGUGUCAGGUCCUUCAUCUCUGCUUUCCUCUUCUCCAUUGAGGUCCAGGUGACCAUUGGUUUCGGCGGAAGGAUGAUGACCGAAGAAUGUCCCAUCGCCAUCAGUGUUUUGAUCCUUCAAAACAUUGUGGGCUUGAUCAUCAAUGCAGUCAUGCUAGGCUGCAUCUUUAUGAAAACCGCCCAAGCCCACCGGAGAGCAGAAACGUUGAUUUUCAGUCGGAACGCCGUCAUCGCUGUCCGUAAUGGCCACCUGUGUUUUAUGUUCCGCGUAGGGGACCUGCGGAAAAGCAUGAUCAUCAGUGCCUCGGUACGAAUCCAGGUUGUCAAGAAGACCACCACUCCAGAAGGAGAAGUCAUCCCAAUCCACCAGGUUGAUGUUCCGGUAGACAAUCCUCUCGAAAGCAACAAUAUUUUCCUGGUGGCUCCGUUGAUCGUUUGCCACGUCAUUGAUAAGCGGAGUCCUCUUUAUGACAUUUCCUCCAGUGACCUGGCCAGCCAAGACCUAGAAAUCAUUGUCAUACUUGAAGGUGUGGUGGAAACCACUGGAAUCACCACCCAAGCCAGAACAUCCUACAUAUCAGAAGAGAUCUUGUGGGGUCAUCGCUUUGUGCCCAUCGUCACUGAAGAGGAAGGGACGUACGCUGUCGACUACUCCAAAUUUGGCAACACCAGCAAAGUCGCGGCGCCCCGCUGCAGUGCCAAGGAACUGGAUGAGAAGCCCUCCAUUCUCAUCCAGACCCUCCAGAAAAGUGAGCUGUCCCACCAAAACUCUUUGAGGAAACGUAACUCCAUGAGAAGGAAUAACUCAAUCCGGAGGAAUAACUCAAUCCGGAGGAAUAACUCUUCCUUCAUUGUGCCUAAAGUCCAGUUCAUAACGCCAGAAGGCAACCAAAACACCAUGGAAACAUGA